AUGGCUGGAUGCGUGGCACUGGCGGUGGUCCUGCUGUGCGCGGCGGCCGCCAUGGCCGCGGCACAGUCGGCGUCCAACGUGCGCGCCACCUACAACUUCUACAACCCGGAGAAGAUCAACUGGGACCUCAACACCGCCAGCGCCUACUGCGCCACAUGGGACGCCGGCAUGUCCUUGGCCUGGCGCUCCAAAUAUGGCUGGACUGCCUUUUGCGGGCCCGCUGGGCCCACUGGCCAGGCAUCCUGCGGCAAGUGCCUCCAGGUGACGAACACGGCUACCGGCGCACAGAUUACGGUGAGGAUCGUUGACCAGUGCAGCAACGGUGGCCUGGACCUGGACUAUGACACAGUGUUCAGCAAGAUCGACACCAACGGGGUGGGUAUGCAGCAGGGCCACCUCACCGUCAACUACCAGUUCGUCGACUGUGGCGAUAACUAA